AAGAAAAAACCAGCAACAAAAUUCUUUCAAGCACCCAUUCUAAUGAUUGGCUUAUUGAAUUCUUGAAUCUUCUGUCUUUUCUACUGGCCACUCCUCUCACCUUAUCACUACAUUCAGUUCUUCCUUAUCCAGAAACACCCUUCUUGAACUCUGCCAUAAUCUUACUUUCCUAUCUGUCUCUCCCAUCUCACCCACAAAGGAGCUCUCUUCUGGGUCACUCUGGGCAGUUUUCACCCACAAUGUACAUUGUGCACGAAGGAUGGAGGGCGAGAUUGGCAAUUAUUUGCUUCUGACAUCCUUACCUGAAUACUCAUACAGAUUUCCUACCUAAAGGAUCAUGAGUUGGCGCGAUUUAAUCACAUCAGCCAGUAUGUGAAGGUGCCUUGCAAAUAAGAGCGCUACUAAAGUAUUGUGUAAUUCAAAGCCAUCAUCCAAUACGUGAGGAAACUGGGCCCUCCGCUGUGGGCAGACGCGUCCAGUGUCACAAAGAAAGCUAACUUAUUUUCCCGAGAUAAGACUUCUACGUAAGCACUCACCGUCGCCCAGGAGAAGCGCGCGUUUUUCCCUGGCCGGGGAUUUGGCGAGGAGGCUGUGCAGGCGGCAGCCGAGAGAGUUUAGCGCGCUCCGUUGCGGACGCUGAGGAGAGGACCCAGUUUUGGAGUGUGUGUCAGCCAUGCCGGCGCAGCGGCCCGCGAGCAGCGAUGAGUCCCUGGCUCCAGAUCCGGUUGAAGAGCCCGAGACCGCCGUGAUUACCCAAGCCAUGCUGGAGGAGGAAGAACAGCUCGAGGCUGCUGGACUCGAGAGGGAGCGGAAGAUGAUAGAAAAGGCUCGCAUGUCUUGGGAUAGAGAGUCCGUGGACAUUCGGUACCGUAGACUUCAACAUUUGCUUGAAAAAAGCAAUAUCUACUCCAAAUUUUUAUUAACUAAAAUGGAACAGCAACAACUAGAGGAACAGAAGAAGAAAGAGAAAUUGGAAAGAAAAAAGGAAUCUUUAAAAGUUACUAAGGGUAAAAAUUCCACUGAUGCAAGUGAAGAGAAUCCAGUUAUGAGAAAGAAGAGAGGAAGAGAAGAUGAAUCAUACAAUAUUUCAGAGGUCAUGUCAAAAGAGGAAAUUUUGUCUGUGGCUAAAAAAAAUAAAAAGGAGAAUGAGAAUGAAACCUCCUCUUCUAAUCUCUGUGUAGAAGACCUUCAGAAAAACAAAGAUUCAAAUAGUAUGAUUAAAAAUAGGUUGUCUGAAACGGUUAGGCAGAAUACUAAAUUCUUUUUUGACCCAGUUCGGAAAUGUAAUGGACAACCCGUACCCUUUCAACAACCAAAACACUUCACGGGAGGAGUGAUGCGGUGGUACCAAGUGGAAGGCAUGGAAUGGCUUAGGAUGCUUUGGGAAAAUGGAAUAAAUGGCAUUUUAGCAGAUGAAAUGGGAUUGGGAAAGACAGUUCAGUGUAUUGCUACAAUUGCGCUGAUGAUUCAGAGAGGAGUACCUGGACCUUUUCUUGUCUGUGGACCUUUGUCUACACUUCCUAACUGGAUGGCUGAAUUCCAAAGAUUUACACCAGAUAUUCCUACUAUGUUAUAUCAUGGAACCCAGCAGGAACGUCGAAAAUUAGUAAAGAAUAUUCACAAGCGGAAAGGGACACUGCAGAUUCAUCCUGUGGUAAUUACUUCAUUUGAAAUAGCCAUGAGAGACCGAAAUGCAUUACAGCACUGCUAUUGGAAAUACUUAAUAGUAGAUGAAGGACACAGGAUUAAAAACAUGAAAUGCCGUCUGAUCAGGGAGUUAAAACGAUUUAAUGCAGAUAACAAACUUCUUUUGACUGGUACUCCCUUGCAAAACAAUUUAUCAGAACUUUGGUCAUUACUGAACUUUUUGUUGCCAGAUGUAUUCGAUGACUUGAAAAGCUUUGAAUCUUGGUUUGAUAUCACUAGUCUUUCAGAAACUGCUGAAGAUAUUAUUGCUAAAGAACGAGAACAGAAUGUAUUGCAUAUGCUGCACCAGAUUCUAACACCUUUUUUACUGAGAAGACUAAAAUCUGAUGUUGCUCUUGAAGUUCCUCCCAAGCGAGAAGUAGUUGUUUAUGCACCGCUUUCAAAGAAACAAGAGAUCUUUUACACAGCCAUUGUGAACCGUACAAUUGCAAACAUGUUUGGAUGCAGUGAGAAAGAAACAGUUGAGCUAAGUCCCACUGGACGACCAAGACGGCGUUCCAGAAAGUCAAUAAAUUACAGCAAAAUAGAUGAUUUCCCUAAUGAAUUGGAAAAAUUGAUCAGUCAAAUACAGCCAGAAGUAGACCGAGAAAGAGCUGUUGUGGAAACGAAUAUCCCUCUAGAGUCUGAAGUUAAUCUGAAGCUGCAGAAUAUAAUGAUGCUCCUUCGUAAAUGCUGUAAUCAUCCGUAUUUGAUUGAAUACCCAAUAGACCCGGUCACACAAGAGUUUAAGAUUGAUGAAGAGUUGGUAACAAAUUCUGGGAAAUUCUUAAUUUUGGAUCGAAUGCUGCCAGAACUAAAAUCCAGAGGUCACAAGGUGCUGCUAUUUUCACAAAUGACAAGAAUGUUAGAUAUUUUGAUGGAUUACUGCCACUUUAGAAAUUUCAACUUCAGCAGGCUUGAUGGAUCCAUGUCUUAUUCAGAGAGAGAAAAAAAUAUGCACAGCUUCAACACAGAUCCAGAGGUGUUUAUCUUCUUAGUCAGUACACGAGCUGGUGGCCUGGGCAUUAAUUUGACUGCAGCAGAUACAGUUAUCAUUUAUGAUAGUGAUUGGAAUCCCCAAUCUGAUCUUCAGGCCCAGGAUAGAUGUCAUAGAAUUGGUCAGACAAAGCCUGUUGUUGUAUAUCGUCUUGUCACAGCAAAUACUAUUGAUCAGAAAAUUGUGGAAAGAGCAGCUGCUAAAAGAAAACUGGAAAAGUUGAUCAUCCACAAAAAUCAUUUCAAAGGUGGUCAGUCUGGAUUAAAUCAAUCUAAGAACUUCUUAGACCCUAAGGAAUUAAUGGAAUUAUUAAAAUCUAGAGAUUAUGAAAGAGAAGUAAAAGGAUCAAGAGAGAAGGUCAUUAGUGAUAAAGAUUUGGAGUUGUUGCUAGAUCGAAGUGAUCUCAUUGAUCAAAUGAAUGCCUCAGGACCAAUUAAAGAGAAGAUGGGGAUUUUCAAGAUACUAGAAAAUUCUGAGGAUUCCAGUCCUGAAUGUUUGUUUUAAGUUGGAACUAAAGACUGCCCUUAAAGUUCUUGUUUACAUCUAGUGAUUUACCUGUAUUGGUUUUAAAAUCCAGAUUAUCCGCUUUACUUUUUUGGUUGUAUCAGUUUACAUAAUGAAACUUGUACCAUUGCAUAAUUAAUAGAUGGUAAUUUUCUGAGCCUUAUUAAGAACCAAGAAGUACUCAUAGUAAGUUUAGAUUUUUCCGUUAAUUUUUUGGGCUCGGUAAUAUUCUUGGGUACAGGCUGAUGUGUACUUAACCAUUGCCAGAUUUAUACAGUCUUCCUGUGGAAGUUUAAAGUCUUUCCCCCCUUUUAGGAGUACAGUUCAUGGGUUUGGGGUACUUCAUUUAUGGAGUAGGCUUUUGAUGGGGGAAUGAUUGGGAUUAUGCUUUCUGGUGUUUAAAUAAGAAAUUGUUUGGUUUUAGAGUCUAUUUCUAUAAAAUAAAUUACCAAAUAAAUGUUUGUUAUAUGAUGA